UGAGCUCGAAGCGAAUCGCGGUCGCGAGUUUACCGGCGCGGCCGCUCGCGCGAGUGAGGGCGGCAGUAUCGUUUCAACCGUCGGUCCGUGAGGUCGCUUUUGCGGCGUAGUCUGUGAUUUUUUAGUGUAGCUCCAGAUAAUCCAAGUUAAUCUACAAUGGCAGAUCAAUUGACAGAAGAACAGAUCGCCGAAUUCAAAGAGGCGUUCUCACUGUUCGACAAGGACGGCGAUGGCACUAUCACGACUAAAGAAUUGGGCACCGUGAUGAGAUCGCUAGGACAGAACCCCACAGAAGCCGAGCUUCAAGACAUGAUCAACGAAGUUGACGCAGACGGCAACGGCACGAUAGACUUCCCCGAGUUCCUCACGAUGAUGGCGCGCAAGAUGAAAGACACCGACAGCGAGGAGGAGAUCCGCGAGGCGUUCCGCGUGUUCGACAAGGACGGCAACGGGUUCAUAUCCGCCGCAGAGCUGCGCCACGUGAUGACCAACCUGGGCGAGAAGCUCACCGACGAGGAGGUCGACGAAAUGAUCCGCGAGGCAGACAUCGACGGCGACGGUCAGGUCAAUUACGAGGAAUUCGUCACCAUGAUGACGUCGAAGUGAGCCGCCGGCUAGUGUGUGUGUAAAAAGCAGAGAAUUUAAAUAUACAUUUUGUUUCAUGACACACAAUAUUACCAUCGUAUUGGACCUGCAUUUCUCUAGUGUUUGCGAUAUAAAUUAAAUAUGUCAUCGUUUGAGUUGGCGCUGCCCGGCGCGGCCGCCGUUUUAUUUAGAUUUUAAAGUAUUCCGUUAAUUUUACUAUGUAAGAAAAAUUUUAACUGUAGCGGUACAAAGGGAAACGAAUAGGUGUGCGUCGCAAGUGAUGGUUCCAGUAUCGGUUCGUGUCGGCUCAUUAUUUAUAUCUGUGUAUAUUGUAUCGGCUCCGGUCUGUAACAUUGUGUCUGUGUGCGUGCGUGCGUGUCUGCGUCGCGCCUAGUGUAUGCGGUGCUAGCGUCCGCACCUUUCCGAUACAUUUUAAUGUAAAUUUUUUUCAAGUAUGAGAUAUUUAUAAAGUACGUGAUGAUAAAAUUGAAAAAAAAAUCCCAAAAAAAUAUACUGUACCCAUUUCCGCGGUCCUGAUACCGCAACUCACUCCAUGUACAUUGCAUCGUAAUAAAUGUUUAAAUUUAACUAACUCAAUAAACGAAUAAAUUAGAUUUAUCGGUACUGCAUUAAUUGUAUUGUAUCUGUAAAUGACUUGAUAAAUAUUAUAUUUCUAUUGUUGGUGAAACUAAUUCUAUCGAAAUGGAAAGUACUCCGCUCUGUUAUCUCACAUUUGAUUCAUUCUGUUAUUAAAUUUUACAAAAGACAUACUGAAAAUAAAUGUUUCUUCAUUUUUAGGUCAAUAAGCAUCGAUGUUUCAUUUCGCCCCGUUGAGUCGUGUCCGCCACGCCCACCCCACUUGUUUCUCUGUCCGUUACGGAAAAUCGUGAUUUAUUGUUGUUAGUGUAUUUAUAAUAGGUACUUAACUUACUUAGUCAUAAUUACGAUAAGUUAAUUAAUGUAUUAUUGUAAAACAACAAAUACAAUCUGCAUCGGCUUCGAGUUUCUAUAUGGAUGUUUGUGCGAGCUCGCAUGGCCGGCGGCGGCAGGAAAACCGCGGCGUUAUCAGGGAGCCGACGGCGAGCCGUAGCGAGCAUGUUUACAACUUUCGGCUUUUAAUUUUGUUAAUAAAUCUCAAAGCCAUUUAAAUUUUCACAAUACAGUCUAUGAAAAUCUCA